GUCCACUGGCAGGAGGAGUCUUCUUGGCUUAAAACCUCUCUCUCUCUUUCUCUCUCCCCCUCUCUCUCUCUCUCUCUCGCACUUCACCCCCCUAUCUCUCUCUUUCCCUCCUCUUUCUCCAGCCUUUGACAGCUAAAGUUGUCCCCGGUGUGAAAAAGGAUUCUUUCUGCUCCCAACACACAUACGCGGCGCAACUCCUGCCUGUGUCCUGGCUGCUGAAUACGGGGCCCUUGAGGUGUCAGGGCAAGCAAGGAUCUUCUAACCCGGGGAAACAAAAUAUAAGACAUUAUAGCAAAGACAUAGAAAAAUAAUCCUUAAAAAAAUUAAAAAGGGGAAAAAGAAGAAGAACUAACCCAAAGAAGAAAUUUAAGUUGCAAAAAAAAAAAAAAAAGGAGAGAGAAAUUUCCUCAGCAAGGUGUAUAUGGGACUUCAAUUACUGGGACUCUACUACAUUGUUUAAGGUGAACUAUGACCACUUUGCUCCUACUGAUCGCUUGUUUGCGAGUCAUCGCAGCAACAAUCUCCAUCGAGCUGUCAGACCCAGCUAGUGCACUGAGCGUGAGCAUCCCGGGGCAGUCUCCACUGCGCCCCCUGCUGGGCAGCUCGCUGGUCGUGCCCUGUUACUUCCUGGACAGCACACCCCAUGACCCCAGCGACCCCAGCGCUGCCCCCCUCGCCCCCCGGAUCAAAUGGAGCCGGAUCUCCAAGGAAGGCGAGUCGGUCAUCCUGGUGGCCACAGAGGGGAAGGUGCGAGUCACCUCCGAGUACAUGGACAGGGUGACCAUGGUCAGCUACCCCCUGGUGCCCACCGACGCCACUCUGGAGAUCAGCGAGCUGCGUACCAGCGACUCGGGAAUCUACCGCUGCGAGGUGAUGCAUGGCAUCGAGGACAGCGAGGACACCGUCGACAUCCAGGUCAAAGGCAUUGUAUUCCACUACAGAGCUAUCUCAACUCGCUACACCCUGACCUUCGAGAAGGCCAAAAGUGCCUGCAUACAGAACAGCGCCACCAUCGCCACUCGUGAGCAACUGCAGGCAGCGUACGACGAUGGGUUCCAUCAGUGUGAUGCUGGUUGGCUCUCAGAUCAGACCGUCAGGUAUCCAAUUCACAGUCCACGAGAGGGUUGCUACGGUGACAAGGAUGAGUUCCCUGGUGUCCGAACGUACGGAAUUCGGGAAACUAAUGAGACGUAUGAUGUGUACUGCUUCGCAGAGGAGAUGUCAGGCAAGGUCUUCUACUCCACCUCCCCAGCUAAAUUCUCAUUCUCGGAAGCAGAGGAGCAGUGCAUUAAGCUGGGCGCCCAACUAGCCACCACUGGGCAGCUCUACCUGGCCUGGCAGACGGGCAUGGACGUGUGCAGCGCGGGCUGGCUGGCUGACCGAAGUGUCCGCUACCCCAUCUCUAUAGCCAGGCCAAAUUGCGGGGGCAACCUGGUGGGUGUCCGAACCGUCUACCGCUACCUGAACCAGACUGGCUAUCCCUACCCAGACUCCCGCUAUGAGGCCAUCUGCUACCAAGAUGAACCAGUGGAAGCUGUCACCGCGGCGACAGACGGAUACCAGGCUACGGAAGCAGAGGAAGUGACCACAGAGUUCGGCAGUGGUCUGCUGACUGUCGAGACCUUCACUGAGGGCCCGGAGCUCUUCUUCACCCAGGUGACUUCGAAGGGGGAGCUCCAAGGAGAGGUGGUCACACUGGAACCCGUCGACCUGACUGGCACUCCCACGGUGGAGCCCUUCACUGCCACUGAGGUCAUCGAGGGAUUCCCCCCCUCUGUCACCAUGGACUUCAUCUUUCCAGGAGACAACGUCACGGAUCUUCCCUUGUCUCCACCCCCUGGCAUCACUGAAGAGAUCCUGACCCCGGAGGCGGUUACGGCAGAACUCACCGGCACCCCAGGGUUCCUGGUGGAGGAGCUGAUCAGCAGGGUCACUGCCGCCCCUGAAAUCGCCUUUCCUUUGGUAACAGAAGGAGCCGAAAAUGCCACAGAUGUGCAGGAGGAAGGCAGCGCCCUGACCACAGAGCUGCCACCCACUCCCCUCCCCCCGACAGGUUUGGUGUUCCACUACAGGGUGAUGUCCAGCCGCUACUCCCUCACCUUUGCCCAGGCUCAGCAGGCAUGUCUGGAAAACGGUGCCGUCAUCGCCAGUCCGCAGCAUCUCCAGGCCGCUUACGAGAGUGGCUUCAACCAGUGCGACGCAGGCUGGCUCUCCGACCAGUCCGUCAGGUAUCCAAUCGUCACUCCACGAGACAACUGCUACGGUGAUAUGGACGGGUUCCCUGGUGUAAGGAACUAUGGUGUGCGUCCAGCCAGCGAGCAAUACGACGUGUACUGUUACAUCGACAAGCUCAGGGGUGAGGUUUUCCACGCAAGCUCAGUCGAGCGCUUCACACUUGAAGAGGCCUUGUCAUAUUGCCUUGACCGGAACGCGACCCUCGCCACCAGUGGAGAGCUGUACGCUGCGUGGAAGCAGGGUCUGGACAAGUGCCGCGCAGGUUGGCUGCUUGACGGCAGUGUGCGGUAUCCCAUCACCACCCCCAGGCCCCUCUGUGGUGGGGGGAAAACCGGCGUUAUCACCGUCUACCGGUUCCCCAACCAAACAGGCUACCCUGAGUCACAGUCCAAGUAUGACGCCUACUGCUUCCGAGCCACUGAGGAGGAAGCUGUAACUGCAUUCCCAGAGUUGGAGAAGGUGACCAGACUGACCCUUGAGGUGGAGCCACCACUCACCCCCACAGGGCUGGGGGAGUACCCUGUCACUGGCACGCCCCCUUAUGAAGAUGAGCUAUUCACAGGCACAGAGGACAUGCUGCAGACAGUGAACGUCACGGCCAUUCCCUUGAUCACUGUCCCACCCGAGGACAUCAGCGGCUCUGCGUCCAGCGGGCUGCCAUCCGGAGGAAGCGCCAUUUCUUCAGGAGAUGAAUCAGGAUUCAUAUCUGGAGACAUAUCUGGAGACAUCUCAGGGGACGCCAGUGGCAGUGGAAUUCCAGAAGUUAGCGGGGAGGUCUCUGGAUUUUCAGGCACCAGUGGAUUCACCUCUGGGACCAGCGGCGAGGGGUCAGCUAUAGAUGUGACCUUGAUUGACUCUGAACAAUUUCAGUCUGGCCAGGGAUCCGGUGACUUCCAGGAAGCUGGACGGGAGAUUUCAGGAGAAACGUCUGGAUUCCCAGAUAUCAGCGGGCAGGGAUCAGGAGACUUAAGUGGGUUCUCUUCCGGGUUCCCUUCAGGGUUCCCUAGUGGGGACUUUUCUGGUAUCAGCGGACUCUCGUCAGGGAUUCCAGACAUCAGCGGAUCCGGAUCCGGAGUGACAUUCAUUGAAGGAGGCUUUGUUGAGGUGAUACCCACGCCACAGGUUGAGGAAGAAGCAGGAGCGGGAAGCCUGGAAGAAAGUGGCAUUUCAUCUGGUGAUGCCAGUGCAGAAUACAGUGGUCUGCCCUCUGGAAUUUAUGAUGCCAGUGCGGACUAUUCUGGGUUCCCUUCUGGGUUUCCAGACAUGAGUGGCGACAUUUCUGGAACCAGCGGACUUCCUUCUGGCUUUUCAGGUACCAGUGGGUAUUCAUCAGGUAUCAUCAUUUUGGAUGGAGAUUGGACUGAGAUUGAGACCAAGAUUCCAAAAAUCGAGAUUGAAGCAAGAGAAGAUGUGGAGGCCAGCGGUUUGCCUUCUGGAGACUUUUCUGGAAUUUCUGGAAUAAGUGGGCUUCCACUGGACACAAGUGGAGACGUGUCAGGUUUCCUUGGCUUAAGUGGUGAGGGUUCAGGAAUACCAGACAUAAGUGGACUUUCAUCUGGAAUCCCGGAUUUUAGUGGUUUCACUUCCGGAAUUACAGAUCUUAGUGGACUUUCUUCUGGAUUCCCUGAAAUUACUAUGGUAGAUCCCGGAUUGGUGGAAUUAGUUCCCCCAACUACCAGCGUGGAGCAGGAGCUGGGUGGUGGGCCGUCCGUGCUUCUGGAAUUCAGUGGUCUGUCAUCUGGGGAUGUUUCAGGAGACUUUUCCGGAUUACCCUCUGGUAUAAGUGGGGACGUAUCUGGAAUGAUGAGUGGACUUCAUUCAGGGGAUCUGGACUUCAGCGGCUUACCCAGUGGAUUCCCCUCUGGAAUACCAGACAUCAGCGGAUUUGAAUCUGGAUUCCCAGAUGUGACCCUUGUAGACUCCAGCCUUGUCAAAGUGACAGAAAAGCCAGACGUUGAGCAAGAACUGGGAGAGGGUCCUUCUGGAUUUCUGGAUUUCGGAUCCGGAGAGCCAAGCGGGUUCUCUGGACUUCCAGAUAUCAGUGGAGCAUCAGGAAUCCCAGAUAUCAGUGGCCUUCCUUCCGGGGAGGUUUCAGGAAUCUCUGCCAGUGGAGAUGUAUCAGGGUUCACAGACAUCACCUUCCUUAUCUCGGAGGAGGUGAUAGAAGUGGCCACCAAGCCAACGGUAUCCCAGGAGCUGGGCAAGGGGCCCCUGGAAGCAAGUGGAGAAUCAUCCGGGAUACCUCUAGCAAGUGGGGAGCCAUCAGGAGCCCCGGACAUUAGUGGAGAAGUUUCCGAAAUAGCUUCCGGAGAUUUACCUGCAGUAAUUCUGAGCUCCGGCUCCCCAGACCAGGAACUUACAAGCAGUACUGGUGGUCCAGAGGAGACACUCUCAGAAACAGAACAGGCCAUUCCUAAAGUACUCGUCACUCCACCUGCACCCAUUGCACUGACCACUGCCCCAGCAGUGAUUUCCAUAGAGACACCAUCAGUUCUAGAAGAGACAGUCUUAGAAGAUAUUCCCGACCCCUGUGUUCCAAAUCCGUGUGGCACAGGAACAUGUGCAGCUCGAGACGGGAUCGCAUUCUGCCGGUGCCCGCCAGGACUGACCGGAGAUGACUGCCAGAUGGACAUUGAUGAGUGCCACUCGGGCCCCUGCGUGAAUGGAGCUUCCUGCAUCGAUGGCAUCGACUCUUACAAAUGCUUAUGCCUUCCCAGCUACGGAGGGGACCGCUGUGAGAAGGACUUGGAGACCUGUGAGGAAGGCUGGAUGAAGUUCCAGGGAAACUGCUACCGCCACUUCCCUGAGCGGGAGACCUGGGUGGAUGCAGAGCGCCGGUGCAGAGAGAUCAGCUCCCAUCUAGUGAGCAUCAUGACCCCUGAGGAGCAGGACUAUGUGAACAACAACGCGCAGGACUACCAGUGGAUUGGACUGAAUGACAGGACGCUGGAACAUGACUUUCGCUGGUCCGACGGACACCCCCUGCAAUAUGAGAACUGGAGGCCUAACCAACCGGAUAACUACUUCAGCGCCGGAGAGGAUUGUGUGGUGAUGAUCUGGCAUGAGAACGGGCAGUGGAACGAUGUGCCCUGCAACUACCACCUUCCCUUCACGUGCAAGAAGGGCACCAUGUCUUGUGGAUCCCCUCCACUGGUAGAAAACGCCAGAAUGUUUGGAAAGAGGAGAGACCGUUACGAAGUGAACUCAAUAAUCCGGUACCAGUGCAACCACGGGUUUACACAGCGCCACCUGCCUGUGAUCCGCUGCAAGGCAGAUGGACAGUGGGAGCAGCCUCGCGUGGAGUGUAUAGAGACCACCGUCUACACCCGCAGACUGCACAAGAGAUCCAACAGGAGUCGAUUGAGACAAGCCGGCAGAUCUUGGGGAAAACUCAGAUAAAAAGGGAAAGGGGAGAUUUAUAAAGAAGAAAGAUUUUUAAAAAGAUAAUUAUUUUAAAGAACAUUUAUAUAAAAAAAGAGAGUCAUUUUUCUGUCUGAAAAAAAAUAGAUUAUAAAAUAAGAACCACCCAUCUUGUAUAUACAAACACCAAAGCAAGCUAGGCUUGAAUCUGUAGAGUCCAUGUGGCUAAUAAUGUAUUGGUUUCCAAGUCUCACUCGGUGCCUGUUAUUCUGGGGGGUGGGGUAGGGGAUGUAAGAUAACAAGAUUUUAAUUUCUUUUUUUAUGUUGUGCCAAACACAUUGUAAUAUUUGUAUUAUUAUUUGUACUCUUAUUUCUUAUUAUUUUAAAGACAUCAGACCAAGCAGUGUAUUUGUAAGGACUUUAACCAAUCAGCGAGCUGGGAUAUGGACCGUAUUUUCAGGCAAUCUGCAAGGGCACCCCAGAGGCCCCCUCCCCAGCCAUAUUGAAAUGUGCCCUUGACAGUGUGGAUGAAAACAUCAGUACUUGUAAUUAAAAUAGCUCUGAUUUCCAGAGGCUUCAAAGCAAUUAUAGCAAGUUUACUCAAGAAUGAUAAGAAAUAUUUUACCCAGAGUGGUUAGUAUGAUUUACAAAUUCCCAUCCCAAAGCUCCCACAAAAGCCCAAGAUUCUCAGUUCUUCAGUUCUGACAAUGUAGGCAUAGUCAGCAACCUGGUAAUAAUUGUAGAAUAAGAGGAUCUUAGAGCCAGCAUAUACAGUACACCAAACUCACUGUACUGUAGGGAUCUGAGAGCCAGCACAUUCAGUACAUAGGAGGGAACUCAGUACUGUGGAUCAGAGAGCAGCACAUUCAAUACAUAGGAGGGAACACAGUACUGUGGAUCAGAGAGCAGCACAUUCAAUACAGACCACACAUGGGUUUACAUUCCACUGACAAUUCUUGGUAUUUCUAGACAGGUAGGUCUAUCAAAUGUGAAUCUAGACUUAUUUAUUGAACCUUGUUGCAGUAGCUCCAGUCCUGAACUGGCGCAGCAUCCUGCAGUUUGGUCAGCCUGGCACACUCCACUAUGGGUGAGGGGCUGGGGGGGGGGGGCAAGCUCCACGCAUUUUGCUUUCUUCUUCUCCUGCAAGUUCUAGUCUGUUCUUCCCCAGAGACCGUGCAGUGCAUGGCGUCUCUCCGAGGAUCGUUUCUGUAGUGAAAAUCUGCCCUAAGCAACUGUUGUCCAAAGUUUUUUUUUUUUGUGGUUUGCUCAAAAAACAAAAACCUCUCCUCAUCUCUUUAAAAACACUCCAGUACAAUAACUGAGUUCAAAACUCAUUUUUCUCAUUUUGAAUGUGCGUUGUUUAAGGUAGAGAACGCUGCACACAAGGUGGCGCAACCCGCAAUUGGGUGACCUAUUUUAAACAGUUUAGUACGUAGGGUUGUAUAUCAAAUCAUUUCCUUUUACAAUCAUGGUUUAAAUGUUUCAGUGUGAAGGGGGGAACCAACAUCCAGAUUGGCUCGUUUCUGGAGGAGUAUUUUAUAGCUGCGCACUGAGGCAAAAUGACACCAGAGCGAGAAGGAAACCAAACCAGAGGUGGUCCGGACAACAGCAGCUUCAAUCUACAUGUAUUAACAUUCCUGACAAGGGGUUGCUACCGUAUGAAGCAUCCCUGCCUGAAAUCCCACAGCCCUCACAAGGCUACAGUGCUGUAUGUAGAUGCAGUAUUUUACUCAAAUGAAUGAACUAUAAACAAGAAUGCUAAAACUAGACAGUCAGCAUGAUUUUCUAUAUUCAAAGAGAAAAAAAACUGGACACAGUUGCUUUUAAAGAACAAAGUUGUGUGGUUGUUUUGUUUUUUUGGUUUUUUUUUUAAAUGCCAGUGAUAUCCAACAGCACUCUGCAGCAUGCAAAUGUAUCCCAGACUUAAAAAGAACAAGAAAUGAUUAUUUUUGAAUUCUUUGUAUUUGCUCAGACAUCAUGGAGAAUACAAAAUAAAACUAUCUAUAUUGUAUUAUUAGUGGGACUGGGGCUCUGUGUGUGUGUGUGUGCGUGGGUUUGCAAUGCAGGUUGUGUGUGUGUGUGCAUGUGACUGUGUCUGUGUGAGACACCCUGCUCGUGUCAAGCUGUUGUGUGCUUGCCUGCGUUUGCACACUUUAGUGUCUGUCUGCAUGCAAGUGUGCGAGAGAGCUACAAGGCUUUUUAUUUUAGGACUCACAGACCACAAAGGCUUCCAAUUUCAAUCAAUGUAAUCAGGGAGAUGGCUAGGACAACCUCCUUUAUCAAGAGCAGAGUCUAAAGGGAGUGGAUCGCAGCCUAGUGUCAUGUAAAAGAGGCAGGUGUUCAAAUAAAUCAGGAUUGGAACAUAUUUUAACAUUCACUACCUUCUUAUAUUUCAAGCAAACAGUAUUAUUAGCUGUAAUUUCAGUUCAUAAAGUAAUUAUUGGCACGUAAUCAGCUUAAUCCAAUCACAGAACAAGCAGGUUUUUGUUUUUUGAGUUUUUUUUGGGGGGGGGGGGGGGGGGGGAGCGGAGGUUUAAUGGUGUGAGGUAGUUUUGAGUAAAUAUAAGGAUGUGUUUUGCGUAAUCAUCAUAAAACGACAGGCGUUUCUUUGUUCUGCACUGGGGAGAAGCAGACCCCAUCCCUGGACUCAAUGGAGUGUCUGUGAGAGGGCUUGCUGUUCUCAAACACACAACCUGCCUUAUUUUUCUGCCAUUUCACCUUUCUAGCCCAGAGAUCCUCCUCACACCAAACACUCACCCGCUCUUCAUACUGUAUCAUUUACACAGGGGACCCCUAGUGGACUCAGUGGUCAUUACAUGGAAGUCUUAUUUAUUAUUCUGGCGCGCUCCAGUUCUUAAAGGGCAAGUAGCAGGUUGGCAUCAUUUUUAACAAGAGACCCAGUAGGUGUUUGAACCAAUCACAUCAGUUUCUUAACACAGCUCCCCACUGUGGCCGGGACUGAUCAGCGCAGGAUGGACGUGGCUUGCACUGAACGCAGUACUGUAUGUGCUUUUUUUGCAAUAUUAAAAAAUUAACCAAACUGAGUAUUAACAGCAUAAUCUAGCUUUAAAAAAAAAGAUUAUUACAUUUUACUGCUUUAUUUUCUCAUUUCGACGUGUGUGUGUAAAAUUAAUAAUAAUGAUAAUUCUCUGCAUUUUGGAGUAAGAAAUCUGUGUUGGGUUAUUUUUACCUUGUUUCUCUGUCCUGUCUCGCUUGUCAUUAAAACAAAUCCAAUAUUUUGCUAGUUUGAGCUUAUAGGUAGAUGUAAGAUUAAGUCAUGAAGGAUAUUAUUUUCUUUUAAAAUGUAUAUUCUCUUUAACAUUAUUAUUGAUGCAUUUUGUUUUAUUUUUGAUUCGUGUAUAUAUAUAUAUAUAUAUAUAUAUAUAUAUAUAUAUAUAUAUAUAUAUAUAUAUAUAUAUAUAUAUAUAUAUACUCGGAUUCCACCUGAAAUUUGGAUUGAUCCUGCGUGUACCAUAGAACACCAUUGCUAUAUUACUUGAACAUAUAGAUAUGUAACUGUAUACACUGUAUUUCUAGGGUUUCAUUUAUAUUUCUCGUUUUGAUGACAGCAUUUGGUAGCUUUCUUGUAGCACAGUUACAGUAGUUCUGUACAGUAGAAGGUCAUGUUUCUGUAAAGGAAUGUUGCUCUUUUGCUUUUAUCAAACUAUUUUCAUUAAACUGAAGGAGAUGUUG